AUGGCACAGCCACCAGCAGCUAUGGCUGAUACCGCUACAGCACCCCAGAAGAUGGCGAAGCGCAAACGAGCAGCCGAGGAUGUGGCUGCAGAGGUGGUAGCAGAUGCCGUGCGCGAGAAGAAGCCGCGAACAUCGAGAAAGAGGGCAUCGACGCCAGAAAAUUCGGAAUCAAUAGAGAUAGUUUCUGCGGUAGUGACGAUGUCCGACCUGUGCCGUGACUUGCGCACUGGCAAAACCUCCAAGCGUGAAAUGGAGCUGAGAACAAUGGACUGGGCUGAGAUUGCUCGAAAGAAGAAAGAGAGAGAAGAAAGGAAAAAAGCCGGUAGUUCUGGGAGUCAGUCUGCCAAGGGAAGCUCCACGGAUACCCCGAAACCAGCUGAGAAGAAGAUGCGCCCGUCGGCCGAAGUUACUGGCCCACAAAUGAGAAUCGUCAACGGAGAGAUUGUGCUGGAUACGUCCUCGCUACAGAUCGAUCGUCAUGCGGACGCAGACAGGAAUGCAGAUGAUAUGGAAGAAGUCGAGGAAAAUCCGCUCAGUCGGCGCAUAAACGCUGCUUCUUUUGGGAAACGGACCAAGCUCGAGACCUGGGACGAGGCAGCAACGGAUUUAUUCUAUAAGGGACUCCGGAUGUUUGGCACAGAUUUCAUGAUGAUCAGCAAGAUGUUCCCCGGCCGAACGAGGCGGCAUAUCAAACUGAAAUUUUCCAACGAGGAACGGCGUGAACCAGAACGAAUCAAGAGGACAUUGCUUGGUCCCAGGGAACCAGUUGAUUUAGCAGCCUAUUCGGAGAUGACGAAUACAGUCUAUGACGAUCCUAGAGCUAUACAACGAGAACUAGAUGAAGAGAAAAAGAGAAUUGAAAAUGAACAUGCUGAAGAACAAAUGGCGCGUGAGGAACAGCUCCGUAACCCUGGUGGGAAACCCGGCGACAAGGUAUUGCCUAGUAUUGAGGGUGAAUCUAACGAAGCCCGGCGGCGACGGGAAAAGAAGAAGGCUGAACAGGCGAAGUUCGGAGGAGGAACGGAGGAGAUUCUGGGCUCUAUCGAUGAUUGA